AUGAUCAAGAUUCACGCGGCAGUGCCUCUGGUGCGGCUGGACCACCAAGACAUCAAGAUUGAGGACGUACCACCAGACUUCGUGUUUCCGGAGCCGGACUGGCUCUCGCCGCCAACAACGCCGCCGCCACCAGCAGAAGGAGAAGCAGCAUCGACGACGCCCGAACCAGCUUCUUCUCUCCUCGUCCCCCCGUCGGCAGGUCUAGCAGGAGGCGUGCUCGCGGCCGCGGCCACCGCGGCAUGGCUCGGGCGCCGCACUCUGGCGCGACGCCGCUCGUUCUCGCUUCGGCUCCGCCGGCUGUGUGAUGCCGCUGACCUAGCCCUAGAAGAAGAGAGAUCGCUGGCGAGUGCGCGCCAAGGGAGCAGCAGCAGCAGCACUAGUAGGCUGAGGAGUCUUGGCAGUAGCAGUGGCAGUCUCCGGGAACGUGCAGCAGAGGCCGAGCGGCAGCGGGCGGCGCUACAGGAGCUCGUAGAGGAAGGGCUCGAGCUGGGCAGGCGUUACCCUUGGGAAGCCGCUCGGCGGCGCAGGGGGGGGGAGGAGAGUCGGCGGCUCGAGUCCUGCGCGCGGGAGCUGUCGCAGCGGCUGGCGAAGGUGGAGCGGGCGGCCCAGGAGCUGGGCGUCAUGGCGGAGGUAGAGCAGCUGCUCGCCCGGUUAGCCGGCGGCGGCGGCGGCGUGCGGGAUGGAGGCAGCAGCGGCGGCGGGGCUCUAGAUGAUGACGGCAGCGAGAGCGACGACAGCGAUGGCGAUAGAGGUGGCGCGGCGUGGCAGCGGAAGCGGAACCGGCCCCAGUGUACGCCUCGGCGUGCUCGGCUGUCCACCCGGGCAGCAUUGCUGCUCUCCCGGCGGCCUAGCGGCAGCAGCGACAACGGCGGCGGGGGGGGCGGGGGUACCACUGCUCGUCGCACAGACUCGCGCUGCGUGUUUCGAGAGGAGCUUGCGCGAUGGUGCGAUAGGCUUGCCGAGAGGGAACAGGAGGCGGUGGACUGGCUUAAGCUGGGCCUCGAGACUUGGGACUUGGAGAUGGCGGACAGGGCGCUCGCGCAGCUUCGCUUACUGGAGCUCCCCGAGAUCGUGCAGGAGUUCGAGAAGAAGCGGGAGGAUGUCCGCGGCAAGCGGUGGCGGUUACAACAAGAACUCAAGACGGCGGAAGAAUUGGCGAAAGAAGGCAACCCGUCCCGCCUCCGAAACGCCUGCGUGAAGGCGGAAACCUUCUCUUGCGAGGACCUGGACGAGUACCGACCCGCGAAGCGGUCGCUGGAGAACGCGCACGCGGCCCGGCUUGAGGUGAAGGCACGAAGGAUACUGUCGAUCUACGGCAUCCCCGCCGACCCGCGAUGCAACGUGCGCCUCGACUCCGCCGGCGGCCCCGCGCUCCUGCUGAGGGAUGUCCCGAGGCUUGUCGACGACGGCGGUGCCGGACUCUUCACCGGCGCAGACACCGCAAGCCCCAGUGUGGGCAGGCGGCUCGUUCUCGACUCCGUCAAGCGGGAGGCGGGAGAGAAGCAUCCCAGCGGGGCCCCUGACAAUGGUGAUGCCAGCGACCGGAGAAUGGAUGUUUCCGAGGAGAAUUGCGGGCGCGGAGGCAACGGGGUGGUUCGAGGCGAAUUUUCUUGUUCUCCGCGGCGGCAGCCGCCGGCGGAUGCUCCAGCGGUGGGAGUUGACGGCAACAGCGACGUGGCGACGUGGGCCCGGUCCUCGGCUGGAGGAGGAGAGACACAGCUCUCUCGGCGGCAGCAGGAGCUGGUGGUGGCGGCGCGGCGCAGCGCGGAGACGGACUUCAUGGCCUGCGUCACCAAGCUGGAGGAGGAGCACAGGCGGGCGUGCGAGCGGGAAGCGUCCAGCCUGAAGGCGCGGGACGCGGAGGAGAGCUACCGCCAGGCGUACAUCGCGCGGCUGGACGAGCGCAGCGUGCGGGAGGACGCCCGGCUGGUGAUGGAGAAGAAGCGGCUGCAAGACGAGGAAGCGCGGCGCAGGCGGGAGGAAGAGGACCGCCAGCGCCGGAGGGACGACCAGCGGAGGGAGGGGCUCCAGGCGCGCGACGGCGAUUUCUGGCUAGCCCUCUCGGCGUUCGAGGUCUGCCUCGCCGCCGCUGCCGCCGCCUACAAGAAGGGGAUCAGCCUUGCCCCCGGAGCGAUUCUAGACGCCGCGUGGCGGCUCUUGGUAGCCGAGUGCGCGGACGGCGGCGGCGGCGGGGUGGUCGUCACCGGUGCCAUGCCGCCUUUCUGCCAGAACCCCUUCGGCGCCGCAGCUCCCGCAGCCACGUCGUUGGAAGGAGGGACUGCUGGCGCGCUAGACAACAACGGGGAGUGCGGAGCAGGGGGCGGGUGGGGGGGUGCGGCGGCGGCGGCGGCGGGCGGACCUAGUGACGGAAGCGAGAGCGCUCUGUGGUGGGCGUUGUCCUACGCGGGGUCGACCGCCGGGGCCGUAGUGCGGGCGGGCUACUCGUCCGGCGGCUGGCUUCUGGGGCAGACCCUCGGCCGGGUUACUCCGGGUGUUCGGUGUGAGGUGCGUGCGGUUUUCUCCCUGGUCGCGUGGCUCCUCUCCCUCGCGCUGGCCCAAAAAAUCGUCGGGGGCCUGCUGCUGGGACCCGGCGGCGGGGGCCCCGCCACGGGGGUGCUGCGGUGGCUGCUCCUGGCCGUAUGGGUGUGGGCGCGGUUCCAGGGCUGGGUGGUGAGCGCCGCGCGGGGCAUGCUGCUGCUGCUGGCGCCCGCACCGGCGCUUGUGCUGGCCUACGGGCUCGUGAUGGGGUACGUGGAGCGCCACCGCAAGCCGGACGGGUGCUGGUGGGUGCGGGGGUGGGACGUGCGGCCCGUCUGGUUCAGGGUCCUGCCGGCCGUCGUGGCGAGUGGCCUGGCUUGGUUUCUGGGAGGGCGGGCAUCGUGA